AUGAGUCAGAGUGGUCUCAGUGAUUUGGGAUUCAUGUGUGGAGUUGUUUGCUAUUUGAGCCUUCUGUCAAGUAUAAGUGUUCUGCAACUAUUUAUGUUUUUUUAUGUAUCAUUAGUCAAAAAUGGAUUGUGUUUUGCAGUAGGAGCUAGCACUGCUGAACCCAAUAAGACACAUGUUGUCGCCAAUGUGACUCAUGUUGAACCCAAUGGAACCCAUGUUGCAGCCAGUAGGACCCAUGCAACACCAAUAGAUCCUAAUGCUAGCCCAAAAGGAAACCAAGUUCGACCAUUUUUUGUGUUUGGUGACUCUUUAGUUGAUAAUGGUAACAAUAACUUUUUGAUUACAACAGCAAAGGCUAAUAAGCCACCUUAUGGCAUCGAUUCUCUUACACAUCAGCCUACAGGACGCUUCUCUAAUGGGCUCAACAUUCCUGAUGUUAUUAGUGAAUAUAUCGGGUCGGAACCCACUUUACCGUAUUUGAGUCCUGAGCUCAAGGGAGAAAAACUUCUUGUUGGUGCAAACUUUGCUUCGGCUGGAGUUGGAAUACUCAACGAUACUGGAUUUCAGUUUGUAAACAUACUCAGAAUGCCAUUACAACUCGAGUACUUCAAAGAAUAUCAACAACGACUGAGUAACAAAAUAGGUGAAAAACGAGCCAAAGAGCUCGUGAACCAAGCGUUGGUCCUUAUUUCAUUGGGUGGCAACGAUUUUGUAAACAACUAUUUCUUGUACCCGUUCUCCGUUAGGUCUCAAGAAGCUUCACUUUCCGAUUAUGUUCGCUAUCUCAUAUCCGAAUAUCGAAAAAUCUUGGUGAAACUAUACGAAUUGGGAGCAAGGAGGGUGAUUGUAAUGGGUUCAGGACCGCUUGGGUGUGCCCCAGCAGAACGGGCCCAACAUAGUGUAACUGGUGAUUGUGCCACAGAUCUACAAGCUGCAUCGGCCUUGUUCGAGCCACAACUUACUGAAAUGAUCAACCACCUCAAUACUGAGUAUCAUGGCAAUGUUUUCAUUGCUGCCAACACCCAACUCAUGCACCAUGAUAUGAUUUCGGAUCCGCAAGCAUAUGGUUUUGUUACAUCAAAGACAGCUUGUUGUGGGAUUGGACCAUUUAACGGGCUAUUUACAUGCUCACCUUUGGCAAACUUGUGCCCCAAUAGAGAUGAGUAUGUAUUUUGGGACGCUUACCAUCCGACUGAACGAGCAAGUAGAUUGAUUGUGCAACAAAUUAUGAAUGGGACACACAACUACAUGAAACCAAUGAACCUUAGUGUCAUCAUGUCCAUCGACUCGAACAUGUGA